AUCAUAUUUACCAAAUACCUAUCUAUCUAUCUAUCUAUCUAUCUAUUAAUUCUUUUUUUUAAAAAACACUUCUUUCUCUUCUUUACUUUAAUACAUUCAAGCCAAACUUCACUACAUCACACUACACUACAUCACACUAUAUUAUACUACAAACCAACCUCAAUUCAUCUAAUACAGUAUGAGUGGAAUGAAUUUUACUGAAAAAGUCGAAAAGACUCUUGCAACUGCUCAAGCUCAGGCGCGCGAAUUCUCGCACACUCUCUUGCACCCUGCUCACAUCGCAUGUGCCAUGUUUGACGAUGUUGACGGACAGUCCCUGUUCAAGUCGAUUCUCGAGAAGGCUGGUGCCGAUCCCUCUCUGGUCGAGCGGGGUUACAAGAAGCAGAUGGUUCACCUUCCUGCCCAAGAUCCUCCUCCACCUGAGAUCAGCAUCAGUCCCCAGACAGCCAAACUGCUCCGUAAUGCCGAGAAACACAUGAAAGACCAAAAGGAUUCCUACAUCUCCAUCGACCACCUGAUCCUUGCCUUGGCCGACGAGACCACAACAUUCCAGCCGAUGAAGGAUGCUGGUGUGACAAAGAAGGCUCUCGAAAGCGCAGUCCAGCAGGUCCGCGGAAACAAGCGUGUGGAUAGCAAAAACGCCGAAGAGGUCUACGAGUCCCUGUCAAAGUAUGCGAUUGACCUUACCGAGAUGGCCCAGACUGGAAAACUCGAUCCUGUCAUUGGCCGUGACGAUGAGAUCCGUCGUGUAAUCCGAGUGCUCUGUCGGCGUACCAAGAACAACCCAGUCCUGAUUGGUGAGCCUGGUGUCGGUAAAACUGCGAUUGCCGAAGGUCUGGCACGUCGUAUCGUCGAACGAGAUGUUCCAGAGUCCCUGCAGUGCAAGUUGUUCUCGCUCGACAUGGGUGCCCUGAUUGCCGGUGCAAAGUACCGUGGUGAGUUCGAAGAGCGUCUCAAGGCCGUCCUCAAGGAAGUCAAGGAGUCCGAAGAAGGCAUCAUUCUCUUUAUUGACGAGAUCCACACCGUCCUGGGUGCCGGUAAAGGCGAAGGUUCAAUGGACGCUGCCAAUCUGCUCAAGCCUAUGCUGGCCCGCGGUGAACUUCGCUGCAUCGGUGCAACAACCCUGACCGAGUACAAGGUUAUCGAAAAGGAUCCAGCCUUUGAACGUCGUUUCCAAAAGGUCGAUGUCGGAGAGCCUUCUGUUGCUGCCACAAUCUCUAUCCUGCGUGGUCUCAAAGAACGCUACGAGUCCUACCAUGGUGUCAAGAUCACUGACUCUGCACUAGUCGUUGCCGCCCAGCUCUCCGACCGUUACAUCACCACCCGUUUCUUGCCCGACAAGGCCAUUGAUCUGAUUGACGAGGCUGGUGCCAACACUCGUGUCCAGCUUGACUCAAAGCCAGAGGAGAUCGAUGUUCUUGAGCGCAAGCACUUCCAGCUCGAGAUUGAGGCCAUGGCGCUCGGCAAGGAGAAGAACAACAAGGACUCGCAGGAGCGUCUCAAGGUUGUCAAGGAGGAGAUGGCCAAGAUCCAGGAGGAGUUGAAGCCCCUAAAGCUGCGGUACGACAUGGACAAGGGCCGAUUGGACGAGAUCCGAGACUUGAAGCAAAAGUUGGAUGAGCUGAAGCGCAAGGCUGUCGAGGCAAGAAACCGCUAUGAUCUAGACUCUGCAGCUGAUAUCGAGUACUAUGCCAUUCCUGAUGUCGAGCAGCGUAUCAAUGCCCUGUCUGCCGAGAAGCAACGCAAGAUGGCUGAGCAGAUGGCCAACGACACAGCCGGCCAGGCAUCGACAACCGGUCAGUUGGUGAGCGAGAUUGUCCGACCUGAGCAGAUUAUGGAAGUCAUCUCUCGCUGGACUGGUAUCCCCGUUCAGAAUCUGGCCAAGAGUGAGCGAGAGAAGCUGCUGCACAUGGAGGCCGAGAUUGGUAAAAAGGUGGUUGGUCAAAAGAGAGCAAUUGAGUCGGUGUGUGAUGCAAUCCGUCUUUCGAAAGCUGGACUGCAGAAUCCAACCAAGCCACUGGCUAGCUUUAUGUUCCUUGGUCCUACUGGUGUUGGUAAGACGCUUCUUUGCAAGACCCUGGCUGAAUUUCUGUUCAACGAUGAGCGCGCGAUGAUCCGUAUUGAUAUGAGUGAGCUUAUGGAACAGCACAGUGUUGCAAAACUUAUCGGAGCCCCUCCCGGUUAUGUCGGUCACGAAGACGGAGGUUUAUUUGAGGCAGUCCGUCGCAAGCCAUAUGCUGUUGUUCUUCUUGAUGAACUGGAGAAGGCACACAAGGAUGUUGCAAAUGUGCUUCUGCAGGUGCUUGAUGAAGGAUUUAUUCAUGAUUCCAAGGGUCGCAAGAUCGAUUUCCGCAACACGAUUAUCGUCAUGACAUCCAACCUUGGAGCUCAUCUUUUAGCCGAACAGUCUGCUGCAGGAGGCGACCCGGAUUUGAUUAUUUUGAAAGAGAGUAUUCUGCAGAUUGUCCGCCAGCACUUUAGCCCAGAGUUCACGAACCGUAUUGAUGAGAUCGUGAUCUUCAACCGCCUGACUGAGACGAACAUUACAAACAUUGUGGAUGUGCGACUUGAGGAAGUCCAAGAGCGCCUGGCCGAUCGUAAGAUUACCCUGGAUGUUUCAAAGCCUGCCAAGGAAUUACUCGGAAAGGAAGGAUAUGAGCCUGUAUUUGGUGCACGCCCGCUCAACCGUCUUAUUCAGCAAAAGGUUCUCAAUCCAUUGGCACGUCUGAUUAUCGAUGGAGGUGUACGUCCUGGCGAGGUAGCUCAUGUGGGAUUGAACGAGUCUGGCAAGCUUGAGGUUUUGCGCAAUCAUGAGAUCCAAUCUGACUACGAGGUUGAAGAACCCAUGGAAGAAAAUAAUGAUUCUGAUGAAGACAUGGACUAAAAAUUUAAGAUUUUAUUUUCUUUAGAAUUUUCUUUCUUUUCUUUGAUUUUCUUGCUUUGAUAUUUUGUUACAAAAAAAAUUAUGUAUUAUAAACAACCUUUUCUUACUCACUCACUCACACAGAUAUAUAUACUUCUUUUAUACAUAUACUUUCUUUGAUUUUUUUUUCACUGUUAUUUGUUUAUUUAUUUAUAUAGUAUAUUUUAUUAUUAAAAUAAUAAUUGAAUAAAAAAAAUUUCUUUAAAAUAAU